CACCCGUGCACAGCUGUAAGAAUGGGACCUUCGAUGUUAUUCAAUAUUCACUUUCCCUUCUGCAGCGAUGCAUCCCUGGGCGCUGGUAUCUCCAGCCUCACGAGGCAUUGGCCUUGAAUUGGCGCGCCGACUUCUGCAAACGACCACAGUACCCAUUGUAGCUACAGCUCGAAAGGACCUUGACCAGACCAAGGAACAGCUACUAUCUGGGCUCAAGGAUGUAAGCGAGGACCGGCUUCAUGUCGUCAAAGUCGACGUUCUGGAUGAGAACAGCGUCGCUCAAGCGGCAGAAGAGGUGGCCGGCAUACUACCCAAGAAGGAUAACUAUCUGCGGCUUUCUCUCUGCGUCCCUGGAUUGCUCUUCCCGGAGAAGUCGCCCUCGCAGAUCAACUACGACGACGCCUUGACGACGUUCCGCACGAACACACUCGGUCCGAUGCUCAUGCUCAAACACUUCUCACCGUUCUUACCUCGAAAAGCCACGAAGCUAUCCGACGAAGAAGGACUUCCCAAGGCAGCGGUCUGGGCGAAUAUGUCUGCGCGGGUAGGCUCGAUCAGCGACAAUAGGUUAGGUGGAUGGUAUAGCUAUCGAGCUUCGAAAGCGGCUGUAAACCAAUUGACCAAAUCAUUCGACAAUUUUCUACGAACAAGUGCCGGCGACAAUGCAAUGAGUAUCAGUCUUCACCCUGGAACGGUCAAGACGGAUUUGUCAAAGGAAUUCUGGAACAACGUGAAGGAAGAGAAGCUAUUCAGCCCAGAUUUCGCAGCCGAGAAACUGAUAGAGGUCAUCAAGAGCCGGGCCUUGGACGAUAGAGGGAAAUGCUGGGAUUGGAAGGGUGAAGAGGUGCCUCCUUGAUGGAUCAAGACUAUAUAGCAGGAGAAUGCAUGUGUGCUCUCUU